AUGAAAAAUAUAUUUACAAGGACAUUAAAAGAAUCUAAGAAUGAAGGAGGGAAAAGAUAUAAUUUAAGUGAAAUGGAAAGUUAUAGGAAAUGUGGAAUAAAAUUACCAGAAGAUGUUAGGAAUCGAUUUAAUCUUAUUUAUCAUGAAACAGUAGAAAGAAUAGAAAAUUCAAAAAGUAGAAAUGAACCUAAACCAAUUACAUUAUUUUCAAGUAUGUUAGAUGAGAAUCAAAAGAAAGUAUCAAAAAUGUUAGUAAUAUUAAAUCAAUUAUCACAAGAAACGAAUUUAGAAGAAGCAGCGAAAUCAUUAAUAUAUUAUUUAAGAAGUGAAGAAGAUAUUAAAAUAUUUAUUACACAAUUUGUUAAAAGAUGUGUUAAUGAAAAUAAAUUUUGUAAAUUAUAUGUUCGAUUUAUUCAAACACUUCGACAACAAAAUGGAUUAACACAAAAUGUAGCACAAGGAGCAACAAUAUUAAGUGGAGCAUUAUUAGAGAAAGCAUAUGACUAUUUUCAUAAAUUACCAGAACCAAAAAUAAUUCAAGAAGGAAUGAGUCAACAAGAAAUCGAAAAAUUAAAAGAAGAAGAAUCUAUUGAACAAGUUGAAUAUCGAGGAACAGUUAAUUUAAUUGCAAAUUUAUUUGAAUUAGGAUUAGUUAAUGAACGAUUACCAUUAACAUGUUUACAAGAACUAUCAAAAGAUGUAAAUGAUAUGAAAAUUGAUGCAUACAUUACACUAUGCUCUAAAAUAGGAGAAAAAAUGAUGAACACUGACAACACAAGUCCAAUUUAUGGAGAAAUCAUUGAAGUCUUUAACAAAGCAAAAGAAUUAGAAAAAAAUAAUAAUCUAAGUAAACGAAUUCGACUCUUAUUAAUGAAUAUUAUUCAAAUGAUGGAAUCAGGUUGGACUGUUUCUCCAUUUGGAUCAAUGCCACCAACUCCUCUACCACAAACUCCAGCACUACAAACUCCAGGAUUAGUAGCAUCUACUACACCCAUUGUUUCUUCGCAUACUCCUGUUACAUCUACAUAUACACCAACACAUUCUAAACAGUCUUCAAGUAAAUAUCGACCAAACAGAACAUCGGAACAAAUGUCACGACCAAAAGAACAAAUAUCACGACCAAAAGCAACAAAAAUUUUUCCAAUGAAAUAG